UUAUAAUAUAUUAAAUGACUAUCAAUAUGGACUACGAUUACCUUAUAAAACUUUUAUGUGUCGGCGAUUCCGGAGUUGGAAAGACAAGUUUUUUAUAUAAAUACACCGAUGGAGUAUUUCAUACACAAUUUAUUUCUACUGUUGGAAUUGACUUCAGAGAGAAGACAGUGAUAUAUCAGCAAAAUGCAAGACAACACCGUAUACAUUUACAACUGUGGGAUACUGCAGGCCAAGAAAGAUUUCGAAGCUUGACCACAGCUUUUUAUCGAGAUGCCAUGGGUUUUCUGCUUCUCUUUGAUUUGACCAAUGAAGCUUCAUUCCUUGAAGUAAGAAACUGGAUAGAACAAUUGAAGACACAUAGCCUCAAUGAUGAUCCAGACAUUGUGCUGUGUGGCCAUAAAUGCGACCUACAAGAAAAGCGUUUAGUGAAUCAAAAUCGUGCUAGAGAAUUUGCUAAAAACUACAACUUGCCGUAUCUUGAAACUAGUGCCAAAACUGGUCAGAACAUUGACCGAGCUAUUGAAAUACUACUUGAUAAAAUUAUGUACAGAAUGGAAACAUCCGUAGAAUACGCGAUGCUAUGUGCUUCAGGGCGGCGCCGUCAGUCCCUUCAAAGACUUCAAGCAAAGCAGGAUAAAAAAUUAUGCUCUUGCUAAGUUACUGUGAUUUUGAUACAUCCCAUUUAUAUUUAAAACAUGCUUAUAGUAUUUGAUCUGAAA